AUGUGCACAUUUCUGGGCAUGACUUGCGGGACCAUGCCACCAGAGUUGAACCGCUCGGUCGAGGAACCAACAUUAGAACAGUCAGAUGCCCACAGCGUGGAAGAUCUUCUCCGUCGGGACGUAGAAGCUGUAGGAUGCUUGAUUGUCGAAUUUGCCGUGCACAGUUCUCUGUCAGGGUAUGGGGUCGACGUCGGUAUCCCUAGACGACACGAAGAACGCUUAAAAAGAGCUAGGGAACUCUACUGUACCCAUCGUGACUUAACUCCAGGUUGCCUUCGCUCUGGCAUUGAGGCGAUCCUACAGUGUGGCGCCCACGGUUCCGCGCCCAGUGCGUCGGAACCUCUGCACAUUCCAUCUAUUCGCGACUUGAGAACCUUUUUCUUCCAUUUUCCGAAGCAUAUUAUUGACUUUCAUCAUCUGGGACUUGGGCUUGUCAUUGCCCGUGGCGAUGCACGAACACCCGAACACUUGCGAGCGCUGAUUAGCGAACUCAACCUGGAUGGUAUCGACCCACCAGGG